GGGCAGGCUCCGGCCGCACUCCCGCCGGCGGCGCGGCUGAGGCUCCUGGUCGUCCCUGGGCUGCGGCAGGGCUCCGCCGGGCUCCGGCAGGGCUCGGACGGGGGUCGGCGCGGGCGUCGGUCCGCGGCUCCGGGAGGCGCAGUCGGAGCCCCGCGGCCGCCGGGGCGCGCGCCGCUGCCCGCAUGGCCGCCAUCAAGGCGCUGCAGCAGUGGUGCCGGCAGCAGUGCGAGGGCUACCGGGACGUGAGCAUCACCAACAUGACCACGUCGUUCCGCGACGGCCUGGCCUUCUGCGCCAUCCUGCACCGCCACCGGCCCGACCUCCUGGCUUCCAGAAACAUCCAGUGCGGAUUGAAGGGGCCAAGCUGCUGCGGAGUCCCCACCGAUGGGGACUUCGAUGCGCUCAGGAAGGAAAACAUUUAUGAGAACAACAAACUGGCCUUCCAUGUGGCCGAGGAGCAGCUGGGCAUCCCAGCCCUGCUGGACGCUGAGGACAUGGUGGCCCUGAAGGUGCCGGACCGGUUGAGCAUCCUGACCUACGUGUCCCAGUACUACAACUACUUCCACGGGCGCUCCCCCAUUGGAGGCAUGGCUGGUAUCAAGAGACCACCAUCGGACUCCGAUGAGGAACCAUCUGGGAAGAAGGCCUCAUCCCAGCUGGCCAGGCCCUCACCCACUCCAGCCCAGGGGCAGCCACUGUCUCCAGCCAGCACCCACCCCACCGUCCAGCAGAAGGACAGGAGCUCAGGGGGCCCCCUGCUGAAAAUCGGCCAGGCCGCGGUGAGCAGCUCGGCCAGCAGCAUCUGUGGAGUCUGCGGCAAGCACGUGCACCUCGUGCAGCGACACCUGGCUGAUGGGAAGCUCUACCACCGGAGCUGCUUCAGGUGUAGGCAGUGCUCCAACACGCUGCACUCUGGGGCCUACAGGCCCACCGGCGAGCCGGGUGUCUUCGUGUGUUCCAGCCACCACCCCGAGGCCAUCGCUGCAAGCCCCAUGUUGCGGGGCCCGGCCCCCCGACAGCCAGGGGCCAUGCCCUCGGACUCCAAGCCGCCCGGUGCCCCGUGGAAGGCCCAGGAGGCAAAUGGGCUCCGACACGCGGGGCCGAAGGCCAGGCCAGCGGCCCGGGAGCCUGUGGUGGGCAACUCAACUGCCAAAGGCGUCCCCACCCCAGCCGACUCUCCAGCCACUGCUGCCUCCCACGUCCACGCGGGGAGUCCAGCCGGGUCCAGGUUCUUGACGGGCCUCCAAGGUGGCAAAGCCAGUGUGCGUGUGGCCAACAUUUCCCCAGCAGGUUGGUCAUCGCUGGCUCAGGACACCGCAGCAGCCAGCCCCCGUCCUGCCGUGACGCAGAGUGCCCCGGACUCUCACCUGGCCACCCCGCAGAGCCGGGUGACCCCCCAAGCGGCAGCCCCUCAGACCAAAGUCUGUGUGAGCCCAGCAUCUCCAGGCCCAGCAGACACCCCAGGUGGCACCCCAUCGGCCUCCAAGAUACAGCAGGCCCGGGAGAGGUUCUUCCAGACUCCUGGAGCCACCCCCAGCCUUGGUCCAGCUGUCACGGCCCCAGCUCCUGCCAGUGCGCCUUCUGGGGACAGCAGCAGGGAGCAGGCGCUGAGCUGCCUCCGGAAGGCCCUUCCCAGGCUCGGGGACACCGGUGCUCAGGCACCUGGCAGACCGGGGACCAGAGGCUGUGAGAGUUCCUACGUCCUUCCGUUUGACCCAGGCACAGCUCAUCCCCCGUCCACGUGGCAGAGCCUGCCCGGUGCCUUUGGCACGCUGGACAUGGAGCGGGCCCUGAGGGAUGGAGGGUCCCCGCGGUGCUGUGCUGGGGCUGUUGGGACAGAGCACCACGCACUGGGGGCUAACGCGACAGAACAUUGUCCUCUCCCAGUUCUGGAGGCCAGAAGGCUGAACCCGAGGCCCUCCCCGGCUCUGAAAUCCCAGGGCGGAACCGAAGGGCCACAAGCGAGUCCAGCAGCCAAGCUGUCACAGGUGGCGUCUCCCCAGGCCCCCCGUGCGAGGACGGAGCUGCCGGCCUCCCUGAGUGGGGGCCCUACCUCACGGACAUCCACAUCACCCCGGGCCGGCAGGAAGAGCCCGCCUGUCUCCUCAGGGGCCAGCCGGACGGGUGCCGGCUCCAGGCUAAAGCCAGAGACCCCACUGGCAAAGGGCGUGAGUGCCAGUCCCCAGGAAGGCCAGGAGGACGGGCCGGCAGGAUGGAGGGCCCGCCUGAAGCCUGUGGAGAAGAAAAACCCUGCUGAGAGGGUCCUGACAGAGCUUCGGAUGGGUGAGGCACCUGGGAAGGUCCGUGGGAGCUCUGAGGGGCCCGUCCGUGUCCCCCCGACCCCUCUUCGGCCUGACAGGACAGCGGGUGCAGCUAGCCCCAGGCCCAGCCCCUCAGCCGCAUCCCCCUCCCCGUCCCUGUCCUGCCGCAGGAAGCUGGCUGUUCCUGCCAGCCUGGACGUUUCUGCCGACUGGCUUCAUUCUGAGCCCUCAGGGCAGGAAGUCCCAGCCCGGAGCUGGAAGGAAGAGAAGGGGAAGCCCCCUGCUCAGGACAAAGCAGCAGGGAGACCCUUGGGCUCGGCUGGUGUCCGCGCUCCCCCCGGCGAGGCAGUGACCAACCCCGCCAGGCUGCACCCUAACUACAUGCCCCCAGAGGAGAUCCAGAGGCACGUGCAGAACAUCGAGAGGCAGCUGGACGCCCUGGAGCUCAGGGGCGUGGAGCUGGAGAAGCGUCUGCGCGCCGCUGAGGGGGAUGCCUCCGAGGACGUUCUCAUGGUGGACUGGUUCCAGCUCAUUCACGAGAAGCAGCUGCUGCUGCGGCAGGAGUCAGAGCUGAUGUACAAGGCCAGGGACCAGCGCCUGGAGGAGCAGCAGUGGGACCUCGAGGGGGAGCUGCGUCAGCUGAUGGCCAAGCCCCAGGCUCUGAAGUCCCUCCAGGACCAGCAGCGCGAGGAGGACCUGCUGAGCCGGUACAUCAGCACCGUGGAGGACCGCAGCAACAUCGUGGACUUCCUGGAGGAGGACCGGCUCAGAGAGCGAGAGGAGGACGAGAUGCUACGGAACAUGAUUCAGAGUCUGGACCUUCAGAGAAGCAUCGGGGACCAGAAGAAGAAGUCCAAGUUCAGCUUGUCCAGGGUCUGGUCCUUGAGGAGCAAAAGCAGGACCCCUGAGUGAGCUGCCUGGCCAGCUGCAGGACCCUUGCCCUUGGCUCGGGCAGGGUGGGCACUGUGGGGGUGGGAACGUGGGGGUGGGGGCCUGCACCCCCUCCCCGUGAGCUACCACAAUAAAGAAAGCCACCACAUGACCUGGGCUC